AUGCACUGCUCCACCAUCAUCGCCACGGCCCUCUUCGGCGCCUCAAUCACCAUGGCUUUCCCAGCCUUCAAGCGCGCAGUCCUCUGCCCUGGCAUCGAAGACACCCCCCAAUGCUGUGCAGUCAACGCCCUCGGCGUCGCUGACCUCAACUGUGCUCCCCCCCCGAUGGUCCCUGGAAACGUCACGUCUUUCAUAGCCAUGUGCGCGUCUAUCGGACAGGAGGCUCAGUGCUGUGCUCUCCCCGUUUUGGGCCAAGCUUUGCUUUGCGAGAGCCCUCCUUGA